AGGGUAAAUUUCAUACAACAUCUCAAUGUUGUAGACCGUACCUUUGCUUGUUGAAAUAUUCCGUAUCUUUGCUAUCGAAAUACUUUACUUUGGAGAUACUCUACAAAGUUCAGCCUGCUUGGAUUGUGGCGUUUCAUUAUUCGUGCAUGACUCGUUGUUGUACCACUUCUGUCCACUACAUUCGCUAUUUGGACGUGCCUUCCCGUUCCAAAUAGCUAACUAACCCUCCAGCUUCGAUACCCCUUACUUGUACAGUUAUCAACAUGCUCUCCAGGAGGACCCUCACAGUCGUCCAUAAAGCGAGUUCACGCGCACUAUCCACCCGCGCCUCUACUAUCCUCCAAGCAUUGGACAUUCCGACCUCCAAUGAAAUACCUGGAGUGUACGACGGGACGUGGAAGGGCGAGGGUGAACUGUUUGAAAGCCUGUGUCCAACCACUGGCGAGGUGUUAGCCAGGGUGCGAUCGGCAUCACCUCAGGAACUCCAGCUUGCUUUGGAGAAGUCCAAAGAAGCGUAUAAGUUCAUUAGGUCUGUACCUGCUCCUCGGAGAGGCGAACUCGUUCGGCAGAUUCGAGAAGCGUUAGCUGCAAAACGAGAUGAACUUGGAGCUCUCGUAUCUCUCGAGAUGGGCAAGAUCAGGACAGAAGGCGUAGGCGAGGUUCAAGAGUUCAUUGACAUUGUGAGAUAUACACAUGCAGACUACGCUGUUGGGCUUUCGAGAAUAAUGAAUGGUCGGGUCGUUGCAUCUGAACGACCCGGGCACAGUAUUCUUGAAGUCCCAAACCCCCUCGGAGUAGUUGCUGUACUCUCCGCGUUCAAUUUCCCUGUAGCAGUCUACGGAUGGAACCUGGCGCUCUCCCUUGCGGCAGGCAAUGCCACCCUCUGGAAGCCAGCACCAAGUACGCCGCUCUGUUCUAUCGCAGUCAUCAAGAUUAUAGCAAGCGUUCUUGAGAAGAACGGUAUCCCAGGCGCCGUUGCGGGACUUGUGACUGGCGGGAAGGAUAUUGGACAAGCAGUAGUUCAGAGUCAGGAUGUUGACAUGGUCUCUUUCACGGGUAGUGAAGCGGUCGGACGAGAUGUCGGCAAAGUCGUCCAGUCUCGGUUUGGCAAAGUCCUGCUAGAGCUUGGAGGCAACAAUGCUUCGAUUGUUAUGCCUGAUGCAGAUCUAUCCCUCGCGGUUCCCGCCGUUUUCUUCGGCGCAGUCGGAACAGCAGGUCAACGUUGCACUUCCACCCGUCGCCUGUACCUCCAUCGCUCGAUUGCUCCUACCUUUCUUUCAAAGCUCCAAUCUCUCUACUCCAGUCUUCAACCUGGAGACCCACUCGAGUCUGCCACUCUUCUUGGCCCACUGCACAACCGUGCAGCAGUAGGGAUUUACUCUAACGCUGUCGAUAGGUUGCGAAGAGCAGGCGCCGAGAUUCUCAUUGGAGGUUCGCAGUACGGGAGUGAGGACCUGAAGGAUACGUUGACUGGUGGCAACUUUGUGAGACCGACGAUUGCGGUGCCUAGCAAAGUGGAUGUGACAGAUGCUAUUUGGAGAGAGGAGACAUUUGCCCCGAUUUUGACUGUUGGGGUGUUUGACGAAUUGGAAGAAGCUAUUGGGUGGAACAAUGGUGUUCCUCAGGGCUUGAGUAGUAGUCUCUGGACAAAAGACCUCCGAAACGUGGGCAAGUGGAUCGGGCCUGCUGGAUCUGACACUGGUAUUGUUAACGUAAACGUUGGAACUAGUGGCGCCGAGAUUGGUGCUGCAUUUGGAGGUAACAAGAGCACCGGAUGGGGUCGUGAAUCCGGUGGCGACGCGUGGAAGCAAUACGUGCGUUGGAGUGCGUGUACAAUUAACUUCUCCGACGAGGCACCUUUGGCGCAAGGAGUAAACUUCUCGACGUCCUCUUGAGCUUGAAACCCACGAGGUUCUGUGUCAGUUUUAACUACCCGCUCCCGCUACGAAUGCUAUAGUGUGUGUUGUCAAUAGGAAGGAACUGCAAACAUGCCCUUACCAUUGGACUAUGUACCAACAGAUAAUCGUAGCUGCAACCGGAUACCAUACAAAUCCAUGAACAUUCUAACGCAAUAGGAGAUCCGUAAAUACAACAAUUACAACCUGCGAAUAAAUUACUGCGCUUCUGGAACGGGCAACGGCACUUGCUUCUGAGGGCCGAUCAUUACAAGAGGCAAGUAGGAUGCAAGGAGGGCGGAGACACCUAAUCUGUAAGGGCGAUAAAAAUGUUACUCAGUCAGCUCCAAGGAAAGACUAAACGUCUGAGGAAGAAAGAGUCUUACAUGACCGUGCUAAUAGGGCUGUUCCCUCCCUCUUUGGUUCGGAGUGGGUGCUGGUUAAUGACGCUAUUGAUACUCAACAGUAAUGAAGGCCAUGCGAGAUAUCUAGUAUGAAAUGCGUGGCUUAGAGUCUCUGCUCGACACAGCAUACAGUAGUAUUACUUACCGGUUGCGAGUGACCAUGAUGAGACCGGAAAUGAACAUCACUUGAAUG